AUGGCUGAUGGAACCCCUCUUGGUCCGCAGCCAGAUUUCAAUCUCGUUACUGCCAGUCUUACUUCUAUAAGCAAUGAAGUUUCGAAAGUACACAAUCUUCCUACACUCACCAACGGUCAACGCAUUCUCGAUGUCCUCACUCAAAUAGGGGAUAAAAUGACCAAAAUGGAGGAGAAAAUGACCAAAAUGGAGGAGAGAAUGACCAAAAUGGAGGACAGAAUGACCAAAAUGGAGGAGAGAAUGACCAAAAUGGAGGACAGAAUGACUGAAGACUUUCGAGCUAUUCGCCAGGAUAUCGCUGGUCUUGAUGGGAAGUUCACCAAGCUCAUUGUUUCAUCGAAUCAAAACAAUACAGCUCGAGUUCAGAAUUCCUACGUUACAGCCCCAAAUCAACCCCUUUCGCCACUCUAUAGCCUCACAGACGGUGCCGCUAUUCCCGACUUCCCUGCCACAUCUACACAACUUGACGCAAUGAACAGACAGCAAGUGGAUACUGUCUUAGAACUACUACAAAUCCAACCUGAUCGUGGUGCAAAUUUGGUGGCGAAGAGGAGAAUGUUAAGAGCUCACAUCGGCCUCAAGCAGGUUGCUGUGUGA